AUGACCACCGGUGCGGCCGCUUUCUCCAAAUACGAACAGUGGAACUAUUUUGACUCAUUUUACUACUGUUUCAUAACAUUAACGACAAUUGGUUUCGGCGAUUACGUGGCCCUUCAAAAGGACAGCGCCUUACAAUCAAAGCCAGAAUACGUAGCGUUUAGUCUAGUGUUUAUACUAUUUGGACUAUCGGUGGUGUCGGCCGCUAUCAAUCUACUAGUGCUCCGAUUCCUGACACUCAACACAGAGGACGAGCGCCGCGACGAAGCGGAGGCGGCGACCGCAGCGCAGGGGGCCGUACGGCUCGAGGGAGACGUGAUCACCGCCAACGGCUCCAUCAUCUCGGGUCACGACCCGCGAGACAAAGCCACGCCAGACAACGACGAGAUAGCGUCGGUGUGUUCGUGCACUUGCUAUGGCCCGCGUCAGUACACACAGCGCUCGUCCCGUCGACGGUCUACCAAAUACUCGUUCAGACGCGACAGCGGUGUCUACUAUAGACAGGGCUCGCAUUUGCUUCCUCUCCAUCUCUUCCGGUCGGCUUCGGGUUCGUCCGAAAUCGGAGACCACGACUCCAUCUUCGGCGGCGGCGGCGGCGGUGGUGUCACCAAUCCUUACCAGCCCUCCAACCCUCAGACUAUGUUUAUAAAUGCGCCAAAUAUUGAUCCCUCUCUCGAAGAAGUGACUAACAAAAGAGCGUCCAUAUAA